CACACAGGUUUUUAUCCUCACACUCAAGUUACUGCUCCGUUUUUCCCAGGCCUGAAAUCCCACUUCCCUACAUUACAAACCCAUGCCAAACACCUCACCCCUCCUCCUUCUACGUACUUGGUUCCUAACUGCAGUUGUUUGACUUUUGUUCAUAAAAUGCGGGGGGAUGCGCGAACGCAGUCCCCCCCCUAACAAAAAUUUCGCACCCGAGUCACCCAGUUUGGGCGAUCGCAAGCUUCAACAAGGCUAAGUGCAAUGCCGAGUCUCCACCUGGAGGAACCGCCUACUUGAUCACGGUAUCCUCUGUGCCAGGUAAGUU